GUUGGGCAGGUGAGGAGAGAACUGUGAGGCGCUCCGCUGCGGGUUGCUCAUCCCACCUGGAGGGCGCGCUCUGCCGGGGAGCGGUGAUUCGCCGUCCUUCGACCCAGCCCGCUGCCUUGGUGGACUGGCUGCUUAAACAGAUCGCCAACAGAGUUAAACGUCGCGGGCCAGGUCAUGGCCUGGUUAUUGGGAUCGCUGUGCGGUCUGUUGUCGGUCUGAGGCCGGUGUUUGUGUCGCCUCGCACGCACUUGCUAUAACUCGAGUCCGGGGCUCGGGCUGGGCCUUCCUACGUCCGUUUAAAACUACACUUGAUGGUAUCCUUCAAAGGAUUUAGAAGGAAAAUGUCGAUAAUGGGCUUAAAGAAAAAACAACCUAAAACCUUCAAAGUUAAGGUUAUUACCAUGGAUGCAGAAAUGGAAUUCAGUUGUGAGGUGAAAUGGAAAGGGAAAGACCUCUUUGACUUAGUGUGUAGAACAAUUGGAUUGCGAGAAACUUGGUUCUUUGGACUGCGAUACAUGGUAAAGGAUACUUCUGCAUGGUUAAAAAUGGAGAAAAAGGUGUUGGAUCAAGAAGUUCCCAAGGAGGAUCCGAUUACAUUUCACUUCCUGGCAAAGUUCUAUCCUGAGAAAGUGGAAGAAGAACUUGUCCAAGAAAUCACCCAGCACCUUUUCUUCCUGCAGGUGAAGAAACAGAUUUUGGAUGAGGAGAUUUAUUGCUCCCCUGAGGCUUCUGUGCUGCUGGCAUCUUAUGCUGUUCAAGCAAAGUAUGGAGACUACGAUCCAAAUUUUCAUAAACCUGGUUUCUUGGCUCAGGAUGAACUACUACCAAAGAGAGUCCUUAAACAAUAUCAGAUGACAGCAGACAUGUGGGAAGAAAAGAUAACAGCCUGGUAUGCUGAACACAGGGGAAUUGCGAGAGAUGAAGCUGAAAUGGAAUAUUUAAAGAUUGCACAAGACUUAGAAAUGUACGGAGUAAAUUAUUUCCCUAUCACGCAAAAUAAAAAGGAUACUGACUUGCUACUUGGAGUCGAUGCACUUGGUCUUCAUAUCUACAUCCCUGACAACAAGCUAUCAUCUAAAAAGUCAUUUGCGUGGAGUGGAAUCAGAAACAUUUCCUACAGUGAGAAAGAGUUUACCAUCAAACCUUUAGACAAAAAGGCGGAGGUUUUCAAAUUUUACUCUUCACAGCUCCGUGUAAAUAAAUUGAUUUUGCAGUUAUGCAUUGGAAAUCAUGACUUGUUUAUGAGAAGGAGAAAAGUAGAUUCAAUUGAAGUUCAGCAGAUGAAAGCUCAAGCCAGAGAAGAAAAGGCUAGGAAAAAGAUGGAACGUCAAAGGUUAGCCAGAGAGAAAAAGUUGAGGGAGGAGGCUGAGCGAGCAAAAGAAGAUUUGGAGAGGCGACUUUAUCAAUUACAAGAUGAGUCCAGGCUUGCGAAUGAAGCACUGAUACGAUCAGAGGAGACUGCUGACUUGCUUGCAGAGAAGGCACAGAUUGCAGAAGAGGAGGCCAAGCUGCUCGCUCAGAAAGCUGCAGAAGCAGAGCAGGAGCGACAGAGGUUGGAAGUCACAGCCCUGAAGACAAAAGAGGAGAAGCGUCUAAUGGAACAGAAGAUGCGAGAAGCAGAGUUGAUAGCUGUUAAGCUUGUGGAGGAAUCAGAGAGGAGAUCUAAGGAAGCAGAACAGCUCAAGCAAGAUCUAACCGAAGCUCGAGAGGCAGAGAGAAGAGCCAAGCAUAGACUGCUGGAGAUCACAAAACCCAGUUAUCCGGUUAUAGCUUCAUAUUCAGCUCAUCCCCCAGCUGAUGUUGGUGAUCUUAACUUAGAAUCUGGAUCUUUUAAAUUUGACUUCAAGGAUACUGAUAUGAAGCGGUUAUCCAUGGAGAUAGAACGAGAACGUGUGGAAUACAUGGAAAAAAGCAAACACCUGCAAGAGCAGUUGAAGGAAUUAAAAACUGAAAUUGAAGCUCUGAAAUUAGAGGAACGACAUGCUAACAUGGGCAUCCCUACCAGUGAGACCAUGGAGUUUUCUGAUAAUACUUACACACCGCUCAGUAAUCUUAAUUUACAGAGCGUAACUGCAAAGACACAAGUGGCCUUUUUGGAAGAACUCUGACUUGCACAGAACUCUGGUCCGCUCACGAGUUUGAUCUACCUGCAUUCCAGAGCCAAGAAGUGAACUUAGCACAAUUUUUUUAAGGAACUUCAGCAAUUUGUUUUGUAAAAAAAGAGGAAUUCUGCUUGAAACUACAAGUACAAUGAUUUGCAUACUGGCAAAGACAGUGUGUUUAAGUCACUAAGCAUAUAAAGCUACACUAAAUGGGAAAUGUUACGUGUAAUUCCCAGUUAUAACAAAAAAUGCUAGUGCCUUUGCUGCUUAUUCUAAAUAUAAUUAUGGACUAAUGGAAUCAUUUAUGCUUCAAUCAGGAUACUUAGCCAUCCAUAUUAAAAAUGUUAUUUAUUCACAAAUCGUCAAAAACACGGACCCAUAUGUUGAUUUCACCCAACUUGCUUCACUAUUGUUUUAUCGUUUUCACUACUCCAAUGAAAACCUGUAGUAGUGAAUAUUAAUAUUUCACUACUAUAAAUUCAUUGUCCAGCAUUUUAUUUCACAUGUUUAUUAUUUCACAUGUUGUAUUAGUUGUCAUUUAAGAGUACUAUGUUGUACUGUAUUGAAAUGUUAACACAAAACCAUGACUUCCUAAUGAUUAGACCCAUCCAGUUUGUUGCAAAUAUUUAAAAAUCUUCGUCAAACUACAUUUAUAGCCUGGUUAAUGUUUGUAGUAAUGGUUAGUGAUAUUUAAAUGAUAAUAGUACAAUGCACCAGAAUAUAAGACAUUCAUAUAUACAUCAUUUUAAUUGAGUUUUUAUAACAAAAUAAAAUUGAACGUGACCAAACCUAUAAAGUCCGUAUGGGAUGCAUUGGAUUGGUAGGUAUGAGCAUAAAAUUAUAGGAUCAGAAUCUGUUUCUUUUUGUAAUCAGUCUUACUUUGUUUUAAUACACUAAUGUGUUAGACCUGAUGUAUGUGAAACUAAUUUUUGUGCAAAUUCUUGAUAGCCUCUCAAAAAAACUACAACUUAUUCUUCAAAAUGUUGUUAGAUAUAAAAUGAGACAUUUUCAGAUACCAACAAGAUAGUGAAAAUAAUUCAAAUAGGUUUGCGUAAUUUCCAUAAGUGGCAUUAGCACAAUAAUUUGGUGGUUUCCAAUCAACAAAUAUAUAUAGGUUUGCAUUUAUUCAAUUGAAUUCAAUUAUGAGAAUAUAUUCAUCCUUAACUAAGUAUGAUCAUGAUUUUAAAAACCAAAAUGCUGUAAGCACUUGUCAGGUCAGGUUACCUCUGAGGAAAGAGAAUUAAAGUCAAUAUUUCAUGGACAUUUUGUCAAAACUGGAAAAUGGAGAUUUCCUUUGCAGCUUUGAUGAAAAGUCUUUGAACUUUAAAAAGUUAGCUUUUUUUCUGAAGAUGGUACCUGGCUUACUGAGUGUUCGCAGCAUAUUCUGGUGUUUAAAAUUUCUAGCCACUGCAUUUCAUGACUUUUGUGAUCAUGGGGUUUUGUUGUAAGUGGCAGAAAAUUUAUGUGGAAAAGAUCUCUAAAGCUAUAAAAAAUUCUAGAUACUUUAAGGAGACGAGCCAUAUUUAAUUCACAAGGAGAAACAAAAGAUUGCCUAUUGAGUGGUUUGAUGUGAAUUUUCAUUAUCAAAAUUAGCUGGAACAUUUAGAAGGUCCACACUCAUUGUUUUAGAAAGAUUUACAGCAAUGUGAGAAACUCAUUUUGCUGUUUAAAUUUCAUUUGAACUUUAUUUUCACAUAAUUGGUACACUUUAGUACAGCUUACAAUGCCAAGUUAGCUUUUCCUCAGAAGAAAUGAGGAUAAAAACACUUUUUUGAAAGAAUGUUUUGACUGAACUAAGCAUAUAAACAUGCUGAUUGAAGUUGUUUGCAGUUUUAUAGUGUAUUUUUUAAUUGAUUAUUUUCAUAAGCAAUAUUUAGUAAAAAGAUGUUUAUGUUCUUGCUAUUAAAAUGUUCAGAAUUUCUACAAGCUCAUUCACUUGGAUAUGUAUUUGGUUUGGUUAUGUCAUUAAAUGUGGUGGUACCAUCUGUCUAUUUUUACCAACUUGGCAUUUGUUUCCACUGAGAUUACUUUAAAGAUGUAUUUUUAUCACAGCAGUUUGAUGGAAUGCAGAAACUUAAGCAUGUUUAAACCAUGAUCAAUUACACACAACUAAUUGGCUAUGUUCAGAGCCAGAAAAUACUUUAUAACAAUGCAUAUUAUAUUCAGACAAAGCAGAGUUCAAAGGAUAGAUUUAGAAAGAUGGGGUUUGGAGAACAUUACAUAUUAAGAAUUGAUAAAAGUUGCUUGUUCUUUGACUGUCUUAAUAUUUUGCAAAAUUUGCUUGUUCAUCUAUUCACAGCAAUUUAUUAUCUAAACUUGUAUGAUUUAUUUAUUUUGUAUUUGUAUUUUCUGCAUUGUUUCCAGAAUUUAAGCAACUUUCUUUACACCUGUAUCAGGCAAUAAAGGACACAGUAAAUUGUG